AAGUUAAUCUGCCGGGUUUGAAAGGGUAACUUCCUCCGGAUUACCAGUAGGAUUGGCUGCUAGUGAUUCGCAACCAAAAUCACUUCUUUCAUUCUUCUUCCAGCUGAAGCAGCCGUCCCAUACUCGGGAGUACGGGGCUUCGGCGAUAUCUUCUACCACUUCGGAGUAGAAAAGGUCCCAAUGUCUAGCGACGUGUUGCCGUGCUUUGAGUGUUUGCGGCGGCGAAUCGAGUCUGACAUAUCACCUGAUAUCGUAUUCCUCUACGGGAUCUCUGAUUCCGCUCUCAACUUUGGUUCUGCAGCCGUUGUUCAGAUUUGUUCAUCUGACACCGAAGAAAAUGCUGUUAGUAGCGAGGAUGCCUCAGCUCAAAUUGUUAUUGUGCAACUACUUGACCACCAGAACAGAUUUCUGGAAGUCAGAACAGAGGAAAAUGCACAACAUCAAGAGAUUAAAUAUUCAUCAAAAAAAUCUCUAUGUGAAGAUGAGCUCAAAGCUGAUAUUGUCCGUACAGGAGUUGCACCUUCUAAUCAUUGUGAAGAUGGACCAUCUUUACUUCAUAUUAGCGGAAAGAAUCUUGAAAGUUCUUCCAUCAAUUCUUCUGAAAAGUUCUUGUGCCUUAAGAUACUUUCUGUUUUGUCUCCUCAUGCAAUUGCCUGUCAAAGUUCCUUCUCUGCAAUCAGUGAUCUCUUCCAAAAGUAUUUAUCGGGUUCAACUGAAGAUUAUGUGAUCUCAUCACUAAAUGCCUUUGUGGAAGGAGAAUCGGCUGAUCAGUAUAGCUUAAAUUUUCUAAGAUUAGUUGGUUUCCCCUCAUUUGGUGUGAAUAGCAUUCAACGUUGCCUAAGACACCCAAAUAUCGCACCUUUGUUGGGUGUAAUUAAUGCUCCUGAUUAUGAUUAUUUGUUACAGCCAAAGGCUCCUUUCACUCUGGAAGACAUUCUUCAUUACAGUCCAAAUAGUUUGAAGUCAGAUUGGCACAUUCGAUUUUUGAUUUACCAGAUAUUCUCAGCUUUGACAUACAUUCAUGAUUUAGGAAUUGCACAUGGCAACUUAUGCCCUUCCAGCAUUCUGCUCUCUGGUUCAUUGUGGGCUUGGCUGAGCCUUGCUGAUAUGUCGAUAAUGAAGCAUAGAAUUAGUGGAAAUCGUCAAAUUUCAUCCUUUUCAGAAGGACAUCAUCGCAUAGAUCGCUGUCCCUGCCAAACAAUUCAUUCCAAUCUGCAACUGUCGGUCUCGAUGGACUGGCACUCUAAUUUCUUGAAGUGGUGGAAAGGUGAACUGAGUAACUAUGAAUAUCUUCUAUUUUUGAAUAAAUUAGCUGGGAGAAGGUGGGGUGACCACACUUUCCAUACUGUCAUGCCAUGGGUCAUCGAUUUUAGUGUAAAGCCUGAUGAAAAAUCUGAUAUAGGCUGGAGAGACCUGAAGAAAAGCAAGUGGAGGCUGGCAAAAGGUGAUGAACAAUUGGAUUUCACUUAUUCUACAUCAGAAAUUCCUCAUCAUGUUUCUGAUGAAUGUCUUUCAGAAUUAGCCGUCUGCAGUUAUAAAGCUAGAAGGUUACCGUUAAAAAUACUUCGUUCUGCCGUUCGUUCAGUUUAUGAACCUAAUGAGUAUCCUUCAAACAUGCAGAGACUCUACCAGUGGACUCCAGAUGAGUGCAUACCAGAGUUCUACAGUGAUCCUCAUAUUUUCUAUUCCAUUCAUUCUGAAAUGAGCGAUUUAGCUGUACCCUCUUGGGCAUCCUCUCCAGAGGAAUUUAUUUUAGAGCAUCGUAGUGCUUUGGAGAGUGACCGUGUAUCAAAGUAUAUCCAUCAUUGGAUUGAUAUAACAUUUGGUUAUAAGCUUUCUGGUGAAGCAUCUAUUGCAGAAAAAAAUGUGAUGCUUCCUGUAUCUGAUACAUCAGUGCCUAGGUCAACUGGACGUCGACAACUCUUUACCCGGCCACAUCCUAUGCGGCGACCUCUCAAGUCUUGGUCAGAUUAUAAUAGCAACAAAGAAGGUAAUAAUAUCCAGCAAAGGGUACAGAAUGAAGGAAUGGUGAACGCUAGUGAGAGAUCAGAUCUUGGUUAUGCUUUGCUAUCUUCAGCCAACCAGUAUCACCUUUCAGAUUCCGACUACUUGGAAAAUUUAGAGGAGGCAACUUUAUUUUGUGAGGCUGCACGUUCCUUAAAUCCAGUAUACAACUAUGAUAAAAAUUUAGCUGGGAAGUUUCCUCUUGUAGAUUUUCUACACAGUGUUUAUCCAAACAUGGAUAAGUCAACCCCAAAUAUUUGGGGCAGGGCUAGUGAUGCUGAUGAUGAUAGUGAUGCUGUAAUUGACAAUAUUUAUUGGAAUAUGGGUGAUUUAGAGACAGCGGGAAAAAGUUCUUCGAUGCCGCUUCCUUUUGGCUUGGGCGAUCUUCUUGAUUUUUUUGAAAGUGAUGAUAAUAGCUCUACAGGCUUCCAGGAGUUGUUGCAUUGGAGGCAUUUGUCAUCUCCUUCUGCAGAUUAUUCUGAAGAUCUUGCUGGUGACGUAUUUUCCAUUGGGUGUAUAAUGGCCGAACUCUAUUUGAGAAAGCCAUUGUUUGAUCCUAUCUCCUUGUGUGCAUACAAAGAAAAUGGGGUGUUACCUGGAGCUAUGCAGGAGCUCCCCCCUUGCAUCGCAGUACUUGUUGAAGCAGCUAUUCAAAGGGACUGGAAAAGGAGGCUUGCAGCUAAAUGUUUUCUGGAGUCACCAUACUUUUCUGCAUCAGUUAGAGGCGUGUAUUUGUUUUUAGCUCCACUUCAACUCUUAUCAAGGCCUGGCUAUCGCCUCCGGUAUGCUGCAAGGCUUGCUAGUGAAGGUGCUUUCAGAGCAAUGGGACCAUAUGCUGCAGAAAUGUGCGCCUCAUAUUGUUUACCUCUUAUCAUGUCUGCUUUGUCUGAUUUUGAAGCUGAGUCAGCCUUGUGCUUAUUGAAAGAAUUUUUGAAGUGCCUCAACUCUCUGACAAAUAGGGAGCUGCUCUUGCCUACCAUUCAGAAGAUUUUACAAGCAUCAGAGUAUUCUCAUCUGAAGGUCUCCAUUCUCCAAGAAUCUUUUGUUCGUGACCUGUGGAAGCAAAUGGGUAAACAAGCAUACCUAGAGAGUAUUCAUCCUUUGGUGAUAUCGAACUUAUACAAUUCACCAAACAAGGUUUCAGCUUCUGUUGCGUCUGUGGUUUUAAUUGGUUCUAGUGAAGAGCUUGGCAUCCCCAUUACAAUUCACCAGACACUCUUGCCUGUUAUCCACUGUUUUGGUAAAGGCCUUUCUGCUGAUGGAAUCGAUGCCCUGGUUAGAAUUGGUGGGCUUCUUGGGGAAAAUUUCAUUGUCAGACAGCUCCUACCGUUAAUACGUAAUCUUGUUCUUACUUGUAUUGAUGCUUCUUACAUGAACAAACCUGAGCCUAUACGCAGCUGGAUAGGUUUAGCUUUGAUUGACUGUUUUUCGUUCUUGGAUGGGCUCGUUUCUCUUUUGCCUCAAGAGAUAAUUUUAAAGGAACUGAUUCAGGAACAAACCUGUCUCCACGUUAAGGUUCUCAUGCAGACUCAUCUUGACCUCCCUGUGCUUCAGGCUACUGCAUCAGCACUCAUUGCAGUUUCUCAGAGGAUUGGAUCAGACUCAACAGCUUCAUUUAUCAUACCACAACUGAAAGUGAUAUUUGAUGCUCUCGCUUUCUCUCAGCCAACAACUUCGGAGGCUGGUUCUAGCGGAAAAAACUCCAAGAUUUUGGCAUCAAAAUCAGAAGAAAAAAUUCAGAUUGGAAGUCGAAUGGAUUUAGUGUUGUUUUUAUAUCCUUCUUUUGCAUGUCUUAUUGGAAUUGAGAGGCUUCGUCAAUGCUGUUCAACUUGGUUUCUUUUGGAGCAAAUUCUUAAUCGGGAUCACAAUUGGCAAUGGAACUCUAUUGGGGAAAAGUCUAGAAGAAUUGGAGGAAAUACGAAUUUUCAAAGACUUAAUGCUAACAUAUCUUUGUCAGAGUACAACCCCGCUAAACUGCUUCUGAAUGGGGUUGGAUGGUCUGUGCCACAAUCGAAAGGAGUUCUGGGUGGCAUGAAUAUGAUGAAUUGCAACCAAGAAAAUGAGCUUCAACAAAGUUCUUCUAAACCUUCCAUUGCACCUAGCCUUGAACAGAACGAACCCUGGUUUUGGUUCCCUGGUUCUGAUUUUAGCAGUGAUUUGCCAGAUUUUCUUGGUCGUACUGGCAGCUUAAAAGAAGAAUAUCCUUGGAAGAUUAAAGCUUCAAUUCUUUACUCUACUCGUGCUCAUCCUGGUGUUCUUAGAUCAUUAGCAGUUUGCCAUGAUGAAGCUACGAUUUAUACUGGAGGGGUUGGUCCUGGAUUCAAAGGAAGUAUUCAGAAGUGGGAACUACCUAGAAUGAACUGCAUAUCUGGCUAUUAUGGUCACGAUGAGGUGGUUAAUUCUAUAUGCGUGUUGUCAGUUUGUGAAAGAAUAGCUUCCUGUGAUGGCACUAUUCAUAUAUGGAAUGGACAAUCGGGAAAGCUUAUUACAGCUUAUUCAGAAUCUUCAGUGAAUUUCGCACAUCAUGUUGCAGCAACAACUGCUAAAGUGACUGCAGAGCAGGUGAACAUGCUAACACCUUAUUCACUUUCUGGUGGACUAUUGUCCAAUGCCUUCAGCGGAAAUCUCUACACAUGCAUGCAUCACCUUGAAUCCAAUCAUAAGCUCAUUGCAGGCAUGGGGAACGGUUCAAUUAGGUAACCACAAAUUCCUCAA